CGUUCGCCGGACAAAACCCAACCACCGGAGGUGGUAAACGCGUAUUUGCCCGCACGGUCCUUAUCACGGCAUCAGUCCUUAUCACGCCGCUUUCGACUUUUCGUCUGUUCAAUUCGGCUCGCAGUUGUCCCUUUGGGCGAUUACGAACGCGCGUCAGUGCAAAUCGUCGUCGUCGCCGUCGCCACCGCCGCCGCCGCACAUUGCGAUUUUGGCCAUUCGUUUCAGCCUACGACAAUCGCGGUUAUUUUUAAUAUAAUUACCGUAUCGUCUCCGUCUCCGUCUCCCGCGUCGAUAUACAUAUAUACCAAACACGCUCGUCGUCCGUAUACCGUCCGCCGUCCGGCGAGUAGCUAGUCCGUUUACCGUCUUCUGGUCCGCGCCGCGAAAUUCCAAUGUCCGACUUCACGCGCAGUAGUGUUCGGCAACGCGGAUGGUGUUCUUCUGCCGCGGACCCGACACAGUGAGAUGCCAUAUAUGGUGUUCGAAAAAUCUCGAUUGCGUCUGAAAAGGAAACACUAUGAUGCGUUCCACAAAGCGUAUGUGCCGCACAGCUGACUUCGGCCUUUGAUAUUGUUGUGUCGAACGGCGACCGAUUGUAUCGACAUUGCUCGAGCGUGUGUCCAGAGUCCAUCAGCUUUGAAGACGGCCACACCGGAGGAAUGAAAGAGAUGGAGACUAUAAAAGAAGAAGAUAGGUUACGGAGAUUGCAAAUCCUUGAGAAGAAGAUACGUGAUCCGAGAAAUGUUUCAAAUGUUGAUUCUUUGUUGGACACUGUACAAGCGUUAGUAGCUGAUUGUGAAAACCCUGCAGUUAAACGAAUGAAAAAUGUCGAAGCAUUCAUGCAUAGAUAUGAUAAAUUUGCAUCUGACAUUUGUCAAUUACGUAUGAAACCUGAUGAUUUCAAUCUUAUUAAAGUUAUUGGAAGAGGAGCUUUUGGUGAAGUUCAAUUGGUGCGUCAUAAAUCAAAUAACAAAGUGUAUGCCAUGAAAUUGCUAAGUAAAUUUGAAAUGAUAAAGCGAUCAGACUCUGCAUUUUUCUGGGAAGAACGUGAUAUCAUGGCACAUGCAAAUUCAGAAUGGAUUGUUCAACUUCACUUUGCUUUUCAAGAUCAUAAAUAUUUAUAUAUGGUUAUGGAUUAUAUGCCAGGUGGUGAUCUUGUUAAUUUGAUGUCUAAUUAUGAUGUUCCUGAAAAAUGGGCAAAGUUUUAUUGUGCUGAAGUAGUAUUAGCGUUGGAUGCAAUUCACUCAAUGGGAUUUGUGCAUAGGGACGUCAAACCUGAUAAUAUGCUGUUAGAUAAAUAUGGUCAUUUAAAGUUAGCUGAUUUUGGAACAUGUAUGAGAAUGGGAUCGGAUGGGAUGGUUAGAUCUGACACUGCUGUUGGAACACCUGAUUACAUUUCACCAGAAGUAUUAGAAUCUCAAGGAGGAACCGGGACAGGAGAUCAUGGUGUUUAUGGUAGAGAGUGCGAUUGGUGGUCUGUUGGUGUUUUUGUGUAUGAGAUGCUCAUUGGGGAUACACCAUUCUAUGCAGAUUCACUUGUUGGAACAUACAGCAAAAUAAUGGACCAUAAAAAUUCCCUAAAUUUUCCUUCUGAUAUUGAAAUAUCCCAAAAUGCUAAAUCUUUGAUUUAUGCAUUCCUCACUAAUAGAAAAAAGCGUCUCGGAAGAAAUGGAAUCAGUGAAAUCAAAGAUCAUCCUUUUUUUCAAAAUGAUCAGUGGACUUUUGAUAAUUUAAGGGAUUGCGUGCCUCCUGUUGUCCCAGAGUUAAAUGGCGAUGAUGAUACUAGUAAUUUUGACGAUGUUGAAAAAGAUGAUGGUCCCGAAGAAAACUUCCCAGUUCCUAAAGCAUUUGCUGGAAAUCAUUUACCAUUUGUUGGAUUCACUUAUUCCAGAGAUUAUCAAUUAUUGGGAAACAAUGUAACAAAUGGAGAAUGUAUACCUGAUACUAAAGAAACUACUCAUAUUGUUGUUCUUAAAAGAGAAUUGGAUAACGAACGAAAAGAAUUGUUAGUUAUACGUGACCAGAAUAGUAAGCUAUUGGUGCAGUUACAAGAUGGAGCUGAUCGAGAAUUACUUCUCAAACAAAAAUCGUCAGCCUUAAAUACUUCUAUUACUAAUCUCCAUAAGGACUUGAGAGAUGCACAAAGAAAAGCUGACAAUGAAUGUGAAAUGCGCAGAAAGACAGAAACAUUAUUACAAGAAUUGAAAAGGAAACUUGAUGAGGAACAAAAUAAAAGAACAAAAGAGAUGAACAAUAAUCAGCAACAUAAUGAUAAAAUAAAUUCCCUUGAAAAACAGAUGACUGAGUUGCAUGAAAAGUUAAAAGUGGAAACAGAUACUUGUACUAAACUUCGUAAGCAAGCGGCAGAGUUGGCCGUUGCCAAAGCAGCUAAUGAGCGUAUGGCUGUUGAACUGCAAACAAUGCUAACAACUUUGCAACUAAAUCGAGAUACAUUGCAUGAAGAAUUAGCAACUUUACAAGGUCAAUUGUCUCAAGAAAAAAGUUCUCUGAGAGAUUUACAGUUAGAACUGGAAGGUCGUUUGCAAGCCUGUCAAGCUGAUCUUGUGCGCUCUAAAUUGAGAGAACAAAAAUUAAGUGAAGACAAUAGACAACUUGGAGAAAGGACAUCAAUAUUGGAAAAGGAAUGUGCAUCUUUAGUGUUGGAAUUAAAAACUGCUCAAAAUAGAUAUCAACAAGAAGUGAGGGCUCACGAAGAAACAGAAAAAAGCAGAUUAGUAAAUAAUGAGCAGGCUAAUCUUGAAAUAGUAAAAGUUAAAAUGGAUUAUAUAUUUAAAGCACUUCAAACUAAACUAAGUGAAGAAAAGAGUGCCAGACAAAAAGCCGACUCCUUUACUCAAGAAAAAGAACGACAGAUAUCAAUGCUAUCUGUUGAUUACCGUCAAAUACAACAGAGACUUCAAAAACUUGAAGGUGAACAUCGACAAGAAGUGGAAAAAAACAAAGCAUUACAUACUCAAAUCGAACAAGAAUUAACAAAGAAAUCGGCUUUGCAAUCUGAUUUGGGUGUGCAUAUAUCUGAAGCAACACAAUUACGUGCUAGAGAAGUACAAUUAUUGCGAGAAGUCACUUUAUUAAGAGAAAACAAACGUGCUAUUGAAGAAGAACUGCAUAAGUUAAAGACAGAACACUCAGUUACUGAUUUACAGAUGAAAGAACUACAAGACCAAUUGGAAGCAGAACAAUACUUUUCAACUUUGUACAAGACUCAGGCUGCCGAACUUCGUGAGGAAGUAGAAGAUAGAGGAAAAGGCGCUGCCGAGUUGGAAGAAGAACGUGGUUCACUAGCUCAUCAAUUACAAAUAGCAUUAGCUAGAGCUGAUAGUGAAGCCCUUGCUAGAUCUAUAGCUGAGGAAACUAUUAUAGAUCUUGAUAAGGAAAAGACAAUGAGAGAGCUAGAACUUAGGGACAGUCAAAAUCGGCAUCGCAAUGAUUUAGAAUCAAAGGAAUUUACUCUUAAUAAUUUGAGAGAAAUAGAAAAUGAAUUGAAGAAAAAAAUGGAGCAAUUGAUUAAAGAUAAUGAAGAGUUGAAAAACCAGUUAACUAUAAUUCAAGAAGAAAGUAAAAAGAAUUUCAUUGAGGAACUUGAAAAGCUUCGAAAACAACUUAAACAAGAACAGCUAUUGAAAGCUCAAGCUGUUAAUAAACUUGCUGAAAUCAUGAAUCGUAAAGACAAUACGACUAAAGGAAAGAGUAAAGUUUCGUCUGCUGAUUUACGUAGAAAGGAGAAAGAAUGUCGAAAACUACAACAAGAAUUGACACAGGAGCGAGAGAAAUACAAUCAAGAAGUUACAAAGUGGCAGAAAGAACUCCAAGAACUUCAAUCACAAGUAGUAGAUGAGAAUGCUAGUAAAAUAAGACUUCAAAUGGAACUUGAUUCAAAAGAUUCAGAAAUUGAACAACUUCAAGGUAAAUUAACCAACUUGGGCAGCGAGACUGCAUCACUUAGUAGUGCUGACAACGAUGACACUGAUAUAUACACUCAAGAAUCCAGAUUAGAAGGCUGGUUAUCAGUUCCAAAUAAACAAAACAUAAGACGGCAUGGUUGGAAAAAGCAGUAUGUUGUAGUAUCAUCAAAGAAAAUAUUUUUCUAUAAUUCUGAAAGUGACAAACAAAAUACUGAUCCCAUAUUAAUUAUAAAUUUGAAUAAAGUGUUUCACGUACGGUCUGUAACUCAAGGUGAUGUUAUUCGAGCAGAUGCUAAAGACAUCCCUAGAAUAUUCCAACUUUUGUAUGCAGGCGAAGGUGAGGCUAGAAGACCUAAUGAAUCUGGUCCAGAACAUCUAUCAAGAAGUACAAGUGUUACAAGCACUGUAGAUGAAAAGCCCGGUACAAUUACACUAAAAGGGCAUGAAUUUGUUCAAAUAUCGUUCCAUAUGCCAACUAAUUGUGAAGUAUGUCCUAAACCAUUGUCAAAUGUUUUUAGACCUCCACCAGCGCUAGAGUGUAGAAGCUGCAGAAUUAAAGUUCACAAAGAACAUCUUGAGCGCAAAGAAGACGCGAUUGCGCCGUGUAAGCUGCAUAAUGAUCCGACAUCUGCUAAGGAGCUGUUAAUACUGGCGCCCAGUCGAGAUGAUCAAAAAUUGUGGGUGCAGAGACUGAGUAAAAAAAUCCAGAAGUGUGGAUACAAAGCCAACACUAAUCUAGAUGGUUCCAAAAUAUCGCCAAGGGAAUCAACUCGAUCGACAUUAAAACUUUAUUCUAGUAGUUCUGUACAUCAAAGAUCUGCAACGUUACCAUCAAACAUUUCUAAAUAAAUGUACCAAUAUAAAAAAAUAGCUACAGAUGGUAAAAUGUCUAUGCAACAGUUAGCAGUGAGUGUUUUAUAUUUCUAACAGUUGGUGUUGCUGUUAUUCAAACAGUAACAAAAAAGUUAAAUUUGAGGAAACCUUUUUAUUUUUUUUGUAAAGGUCAUUUUUGAUAUUUCUUUUGAUUAUCUAUGCAAUGCAUAGUAUGCAUAUUUACAAAUGAAUACAAACAUUUAAAUUGUCUUAUUAGGAUUCAAUCUCCAAUCAAGCACCAUGUACAUUUAAAAGAAAGGGGAUUGAUGGAUCACAAGGUAUUAUGUACAUAUAUAUCAUAUAUACAUAAAUAAUUACAACGAAAAUGUUUAAUAAAAUCACAGUUAGGUUUAUUGAACACCAAUUAGUUCACGGUUUAAGAACUAUUUUUAAAAUGUUGGUUCCCAUCAACUGUUUUAAUUGAUUUGCAUAGGUUGUAAGUGUAUUAUUAUUUUCAAUGUGUUACUCGCAAUGACUGAUUAUGUAUAUAUAAAAAACCUCUGUAUUUUACGUUUAAUAAUUUCGAUAGCUGAGAAAAUUUGUUGUUUAGUUAUACUUAUUAAGAAUCAGAAUUUGUGUUAUGUAAUAACAUAUAUACAUAAUUAUUGCAAUACUCAUGAAUUUUAGUUUUUUUUUCCAUUGAUAAAAUUUAAUUUCUACAUUGUUGGUUGUCUGUAUUAGUUUUUAUAUUAACGAUCCUUGAGCUCGUUGUUCUCUAAUUAUUAUUUUUUAAUGGUGUUUCUCAUAAAGUUUAAAUCUAAAAAUAUAACCGUUAAAAUAACGUAAAGUAAACGUUUUAUAUGUAUCAUGUAGCAAUAAGCGUUCAUUUUUUUCAAUUUAUUUUAAAUACAAAGACGCAUGACAGACUGCUAAAUGUUUUUUUUAAUUUUUUUUAAACAUUUCAAACAACGAUUUUCUCAGAACCAAAUCAUUGUUUGUAUGUGAUUGCCAAAGUUUUUAUUUAGGAAUUCCUUUUUUUUUUCUUAAACUUUAGUUGUUUGUCACUAUUAUGUCGUAUGUUACCCAUUGCGUGAAGUAUCUUAAGUAUUAUUAUAUGUAAUGUGUAUUAUGUAAUUUAUUUUACUGGCAUAUUUAACAAUAUUUAUUUUGUUGUCAUUUUAUUUUUAAUGAUUGUGUAUUUUAAUAAAUAAUAUUUAUACUGAAAUAAUAAAAAUGUAAUACCAUAAAGAUCAACUUAAGUCCAACAAUACAAAAUAUUAUGUCACACAUAUUUGUGGGCCAUGCUGAUUUCCCGUGUUAGCUGUAAUAGGGAAACUGAUAAAAAUCACAGAUCCUCUUGCUAUAAUACCUCCAUACCUAAUCUUCUCAAUUAGGUAACUCUCAAACAAUUAGUUAUAAAAUAAAAUGUUUAAAGGAAUUAAAUGUAUUCAUUUUAUCAGUUUAGUCUAUUUAAUUAUUUCAAAUGUAAUUUAGUGAUGAAAGGUUUAUAUUUACAUAUCUAGUUUGAAAAUUUAAUAAUUGUAUUACUUGAAACUUUUGUAAUGCUUAACUCAUCUGGUUAAUAUCCCGAAUUAAUAAUUUAACUCUUAUUAUUUUAUUGUUCUUUUUCUAAAAUUUUGUGUUAGUUGGCUUUUUUUCGUUAUAGAAAUAUGAGUAAAUUGAAGCAAUAAAUUAUUGUAAUGUAACAUAAUACGUUUUAUAUUUGAAUAUAUAGUUUUUUGUAUUUAUAUUAAACAACGAAAUGGUAAAUUAAUUGCUCAAUCAAAUACUACACUAAAUUAUUUAUAUUAUUUAUAUUAUUUUUAUUAUUAUUAUAUUUUACUGGUCCAAAGAGUUGUGAUAAACUCCUUGGAUGCCUCGGAUGGGAUUCGUAAUACACGCAAGAAAAAAAUUGUAUUUUAUUUUUUGCAAAACCACUUGUAUGAUGUUAUAUUGCACUACUUACUAUAAUAAUUCGACCAAACGUUUUAAUGUUGUGAUAUAUAAAAUGUUUGAUUAUAAAAAUCAGUUAUAAUUAAAACUAAUAUUUUCUUCCAACAAGUCUGAAAACAAUGUAUAAUGUUAUUUCCAUUUAUCAAGUAAAUCCUAAUAGUUAAUUUAUUGUACACUGUUCCUAAACUGUUCUAUACAUAGUACAAAACACACAAAAUCAUAAAGCUUUAUUUUUAAUAUGCAAUUUCUUAGCAUACCAACUUAUCAUAUCUAACAAAAAUAAUAAUCGUCAUCUGAAUUUAGGACUUUUUGCUCUCACCCAAUAACCCAUAAUAAAAUAUUUUAUUUCUUCCUACCCACCUACCAACCAUCAACCUAAAAAACUUAAUUUAAAUUAAUACACUGUAUUAAUAUUUUCUUAAAAAAUUUGGCGAUUAUCAUUAAUUUAAAAACUAACUUACCAAUAAGUAUCCAAAUCAAAUAAUUAUAAGUAAAUAUAUAUAUUAUAAUUUAAGUGUAACUAAAUACAAAAUAAGGUUUACUGGGAGCAAAUAUCCUAUUAAUGUAUUUUGCAUUGUUAUACUUUUUAUAAAAUAGAAAAAUUAAAGUUAUUCCUCAAAAAUCAAGUGGUAUAAUAUAUCAAUUGUUAUUACAAUAAGCUCAAUAAAUAUUUUUAUCGUAAGCUUAAAAAAAUUAGUUAGAAAGCGAUUAAAAACAAAUUUUAAUAAAUUAUUACUGUAGUAUAUUAUAAGCAUUUAUGUUUAUUAUUAUUAUUAUUAUUAUUAUUAUUACAAAUGAUACAAGUUAAUGUAAUUGAUGCCUUUUACCUAAAAUGAAUAAUUUGCAUCUGAUGAUUUAUUUAUUUUAUUUUUUGGUGCGUGUAAGAUUGAAAUAAAUUUACCAAUUGGUUGAUUUUUUUUAAUUUAGUAUACAUAAAAAUUUGAGAUUUGUUGCUUACUUUUAAACAGUAACAAAAUAACAUUAUAUGUUUAGGUACAACAUUAUUUAAUUUAUAUUAAACUUUGUCAUAUUAUAAAUGUCAAAUAAAAUAUUUAUAUAUUAUGCCUACAUUUUCAUUUAUAUAGUAGUUAUAUUAUUAGUAUUGCAAUUGUUAAACCUGAUAUGCAUUUAGCAGAAAUAACAUUGAAAUAUAACAUAUUAUAACGAAACAAAGGCAUUCUUAAGAUAAUUUUUGAAUACCCUCAUUAAAAGAAUAUGUACCAAUGGCUAUGGAAUACAUUGUUUACUCUGUGAUUGUAUUAUUAAACGUUUUACACAAUUUUUUUUUAGUCUUAAUUGUAUAAUUAUAUAAUUUUUUUUUCAUAGUAUUUAAAUUGUAGCAUUUUAAGUGGAAGACUUAUACUGUAUUAUAAUGAUUGAAACAGAAUUUUAACAAUAUCAUUUUACAACACUGUUAUUUGCAUAUGAUGCGCUUGAUGCGCUUUUAGUAAUAUUUAUAAGUAUUAUAAGAUCUUCAUCUGUUGUGUUUACAUAAUAUUAUGUUAACUACAUAUAUUAGACAUUGAUUGUAAUGUAAAUUUUAACUAUUAUACAAUUUGUAAUAAUAAUAAGUAUUUGUAACAUAUGUAAUGUGCUUGCGCAUAAUAUAUAUUAAUAAUAAUAAUUAUAAAAUAAUCAUGAUAAUAACAAUAGUUUAUGGACA